AUGGAUCCAUCCAAAACGUGUCCGAAUAUUUGUCCGACGUCCGAUAGGCGUGAAGAUGUCAAAAUUUAUAAAGAGGCCGGGCAAUCGAGGGGCGGAGAACUCGCCCACGCUGCGCCUUAUGUGCCCGGAAAGAUCAAACCGCCCGAGCCUAGAGUGUACCCACCUGGAGCUCCCCCCAGGUAUUUGCCACAACCGACUGACAGUACGAGCGGGGAUAUUUUAGGAAUGGGACCGAUAGGGCCUUGGGCGGCCGGCCAUUUGGAUUGGACCCCACAAGCGGGGACCACGGGUGUUCGGCCAGUCGUUGACAAAUAUUCUAUAACGAGGUACUCCACAGGCGAAUGGAGGAAAAACAACGAAUAUACACUAACCCCCCGAGCAACAGAUAAAGCGAGAGCAUUAGAAUCGCAAACGAAACAGGAUAUUCAAAACGCAUUUACGAAUCUCGAUAAUAAACUUAACGACUCUGACAAGAAACUAGGUAAACGCGUCAAAGAUCUGGCUUACUGGAAAAAAGCAGUUGAAAAGACCCUCGAUGCGAUAACCGAAGAAAUCGAUACGUUAGAUAAAGAUAGAGCAAAAUUAAAGGGAGCCUGCAAAAUUCUGAUGAUGCCGGAGGCUAUAUCUAGGGAAUGCUUGGAGCUCAGGACGUUUAGAUAUGAGCCCGACUUGGUAAGAGAUGAAGCUGAGCAGGAAUUAGUCAAAGAAGUUGCAAUCGUGGGAGAGAUAAGAAGAGUUUUUCUAAACACGUUAGCUAAAGUGGAGGAGCAAAUGCUAAGAAAUAAAGCGGCAAAAUCUUCAAUCGAAUUCGACUGGAGCGAUAAAAUGGCUAGUUUGAAAGUGGAUAGAAAAAAUGUAAGCCUGUCUCCUGACUCAAACUUACUUCAGUGGCAUCCGGGGGUCGCAAGAUGGCCAGAAAACGCGACGACUCUAGAAUACUGGCAACAUUAUUGCGCCGAGAGUGUACGAAACUGCGAGGAAGUGCGGCAAAUGUCUGUCGAUUUGCGUGGUGAUCUAAUGACCUCCAUCAAAAACGGUAGCCAAGACAUGAAGAUUCAAGCCGACCGAACAAAUGCCGCUUUAGCGGAAACAGUAGCGGCCACAGAGGAGAUGUGCGCGAAAUUGGAGGAGAACUUGAAAGAAAACUUACAGAAAAUAGCUGAUAUCGAAAAUUUAAUUAACUUUUUGAAGGAAUCAUUGAGAAAAGUGGACGAGAGGAACAAGUGUGUGAUGACAAGGUUGUUUGCUAGGAAUUAUGAGCGGUCCAACGUUGAGAAUUGCAGGGACGAAGCUCAGUACGCGUUGAUGGCGGAAGCUAAAUUCAUCCGAGAGACGUCCGAGUCGCUCCAGGAUAAGAUGCGUCAAGCGCAAACGGUGCGGUCGGAGUUGAUGAAGUACAGGGGCGAGUUGGAGAAAGAUAUCGCUUGCAAGCGGAAGAGUUUGAACAUAGACCAGGAUCGGUGCAGGCGCGUGAGGGCACACAUGCCCACUCCCGAGGAAUUCGCAGCCGGAUAA